AUUAAAGGCCAGAGGUUUGAAAGGGGAUGGCACGAUAUUUCGUCGUGGGUGUACUGCUUGUAUGAACCAUGGUCCUGUGUUCACAUGCGCGUAGCCGUUGCUUUCCCUCUCUCUUAUCUUGAUAUGUUGCUCGUGGAUUGAGUCAGCUGUUUUGUAUGCAAGUUGCCUUUGCUGGUUGCUUUGAGAAGGAGAGCGAGAUCGUGCUGUGGAUACAGAAAGAGAACCGCCGUUCUUUAAGGUAGAGAGGAGAGACGGCGAAAACGGUACACGAUUCCCACUAUAUAAUUACGUCGCUGUGGAAGAAGAAGCUUCAUAUCCUAGCGGCAAAGCGACAGGAAGGUUAGAGAUGGGAGCUCUCUUGCUGUGUAAUUCUUAUUAUUUAUUGUCCUGCUGUUUUGCAUUUUAGGGACCGCAUUAGGCUACACAGUUCAUGCCGCUUAUGCGCCACUCUGCUGGUAUAUCUCUCGAUCGCUAGCUUCAUUACAAACCCUGGGAAAAGUAGAACAGUUUUAUGGGAGGAAUGAUGUAGUCGUUGAAAACUAAAGAUAGGUACUGAAUAUUCAUAAAUGUAGCCUCUCAAAAACUGCGGUAUCCAUUCAUACCUAAGAUCUGGGCUAAUGGAAAGACUGGGCUCAAUAUAAUAUUAUGAAUAGGAUAUGGAUGGACAAAAGAAGGGUUUAGACCAAUCAAUGGACACAAACAUGUAGAUACAUUAAUAAAGGGGAUGGGCAUAUGAUGCCAAUCAAAUCUUUUUUCAAAGAGUUAAGAAUGGAAGAAACUUGUCAGUUCCAGGACGCUGUUUAGGCUGUUACCCAUUACAUUCAUUCAGGGCGCUGUUCGCACGUGGAUUCCGUGUCCCAAGAGACAGUAUCUUCUUUGCCGGAGAACCUUACACUCUGGACUUCAUGCUCCUAUUAAAAUGAGACAACUGAUUUAUUCAUGUCAAGGACUUGAAGUAUCUUCUUAAGAGCACUUGGACUUAGCGGAAGGGUAAGCUCGGUGAAGACUCAAAAAAAUCUUUCGAAUUCUGAAACCAUCUUGUAACCUGAGACGCCAGCUGCAUAUCACCGCCAAUAGUUAAACUGCAGACUACUAAAUGAGCAGAUGAAGCCAUGAAGACAAGACAGAUGGUAGUGCCAAAAACGAAUUUGACCUGAACUGCACAGACGCCUUUUCCGCUCUGCGAAUGCGACUGACCAAGAUUUCUGCUGUUCUGAAACCAAAGUCUGUCUGGUCAGAUACGCCCUUCGAGAUAAGAAGGUCGACUGUGGAGUCAUAAAUGAAAGAUCAGUGAAGGUACAAGAGACAAGAGAUCAAGGCUAGUCAGAAAUGUGGGCCACAAGGGAAAUAAGCACAAGCCAAUCUGAAGUGGUGAUAUACUGAGUCCCAGAGACCAAUCAGCACCUCAUGCCAGUCAACAGUCACACGUGCAAAGAAAUCUAAAUGCACAGGCUGUGUCGCGUUGCCUUGUAUAACACUGUCUGGUCCAGACAGUACAGAAUCAUCCAAUUACUGUCCUUUUCACUCCAUUGGUGGUGAAGUAUGGACUUUUUUGCCUAAACUGGAGAAAGGUUGUGAACCCUGUGAGAUUCCUCAUUUUGUGUCUCAUAGGAAACUUAUCCCGCCUUGUUGAUGGUGUCGCCACUCGGUAACUAUCUGUAAAAUCAUGAAUUCACGAGAAGCGCAGAUAGCUUCCCAUGGACAUGUUGUGAUGAGUGCCUUUUUUUGGUGGGUGGCAUUCCUCUCUUUGAUGCAGACUGGUGGGGUGAGAGGGGACUGUUGGCUUAUUGAGGGGGAAAAGGGUUUUGUUUGGCUGGCGAUUUGCAGUCAGAACCAGCCACCUUACGAGGCCAUUCCCCAACACAUCAACAGCACCAUUGUGGACCUGCGUCUAAAUGAGAACAAGAUAAAAAGCAUCCAUUACUCUGCCCUUAGCCGCUUUGGCAACCUGACUUACCUGAACUUGACCAAGAAUGAGAUCACCUACAUAGAGGAUGGGGCCUUUUCUGCCCAGUUCAACCUUCAGGUCCUCCAACUGGGCUUCAACAAGCUGCGGAACCUGACAGAGGGCAUUCUCAGGGGUUUAGGCAAACUUCAGUACCUCUACCUCCAGGCAAACCUGAUUGAGACAGUGACACCCAAUACCUUUUGGGAAUGCCCCAACAUUGAAAAUAUAGACCUCUCUAUGAAUCGUAUCCAGCAGUUAGAUGGGUCAAUUUUCACCGGUUUGAAUAAGUUGACCACUUGUGAGUUGUAUACCAACCCUUUCAACUGUUCCUGUGAGCUCUUGGGAUUCCUCAAGUGGCUGGCAGGUUUCCCCAACAGAACAACUGAGCGCAUGGUGUGUGAUUCCCCUCCGAUUUACUCUGGCUACAGCCUUCUCAGCCAGAAUCCAAGCAUGCCCACUUACCGCAAUGCCCUGCACAUGCUCUCCACUUUGUGCACAGAGGACUAUGUGACCUCAUACAUCCCUGGAACUCCCGACACCACCACACUCCCACCAGACUCAACCCCCUGUGGAGUAGAGGACUGCCCCUCAGGGACUGGGCCUUAUGACAUCAUCAAUAUAAGCCCACCAUACAUUGACCUUGAUGUGAAGCCUAUUAUGAGACUGAAGCAAGUGACACACACCAGUGCGGUCAUUAUGGUUCAUAUCCCUAAUCCUUUCAAGAAGAUGUACAUCCUGGUUCUCUACAACAACAGCUUCUUCACCACCAUACAGCCUCUCAAGAAAGAAAAGGAGGAGAUAGAACUGAAAAAUCUGAAAGCUCACACAGAGUAUACCUACUGCGUUGCCUCAAUACGCAAUUCUCUGCAAUACAACCACACCUGUCUGUCUGUUUCCACAGGCACAAAAAAAGGAAAGGAGAGAGAGGCAAACAACUCUACCGCCACUCACUACAUCAUGACCAUCCUGGGGUGUCUUUUUGGCAUGGUAAUAGUUUUAGGGGUAGUCUACUACUGCUUGCGGAAAAAACGGCAACAAGAUGAAAAACAUAAAAAAGCAGGAAAUAUCAAGAAGAAUAUAAUUGAACUCAAGUAUGGACCUGAACUAGAAGGAGGAACUAUCUCACAGUUGACACAAAAGCAGAUGAUGAGUGGAGAGAACAUGCCCCGGAUGCCCUACUUACCUUCCAGUGGCGAAAUGGAGCAGUACAAACUACAGGAUAUCAGUGAAACCCCUAAAACAGCCAAGGGGAAUUACAUUGAGGUCCGCACUGGGGAGCCACCCGAUCGCAGAGAAUGUGAUAUGUCCAUGCCUGGUAACAACCAAGGUUCAGUGGCUGAAAUCUCCACUAUUGCAAAGGAGGUAGACAAAGUAAAUCAGAUCAUCAAUAACUGCAUUGAUGCCCUGAAAUCUGAGUCCACAUCCUUUCAAGGUGUGAAAUCUGGAGCAGUAUCCACUGCAGAACCCCAACUAGUGCUAAUAUCAGAGCAGCCCCAGAGCAAGUCUGGCUUCCUCUCCCCAGUGUACAAAGAGAGCUACCACCACCCGCUGCAGAGGCACCACAGUAUGGAGGCCGCACCCAAGCGCUCCAGCACCUCUUCCAGCGGCUCCGUACGGAGCCCCAGGUCGUUCCGCUCAGAAGGAGCCUACAAGUCUGAGGCCAAGUACAUUGAGAAAACUUCACCAACGGCUGACACCAUCCUGACCGUUACGCCAACGGCCGCCAUUCUACGCGCGGAGGCAGAGAAAAUCCGUCAGUACAGUGAGCAUCGGCACUCCUAUCCAGGCUCCCACCAGGGUGAGCAGAUGGAGGGUCCGGGAAGCAGGAAGCCCUCCAUUCUGGAGCCUCUCACACGCCCGCGCCCGAGAGACCUUGCCUACUCCCAGCUCUCACCCCAGUACCACAACCUGAGCUACUCUUCCAGUCCUGAGUACUCCUGCAAACCAGCCCACAGCAUCUGGGAGCGUUUCAAGCUCCACCGUAAACGACACAAAGAAGAGGAGUACAUGGCAGCAGGACAUGCACUCCGCAAAAAAGUGCAAUUUGCCAAGGACGAGGACCUGCAUGACAUUUUAGACUACUGGAAAGGGGUAUCAGCUCAACAGAAAUCUUGAUUUUACCCAGACUACUGCUUCUGAAUAUGGACCAAAAUAAUACAGCGCAAAACAUUUAAAACUACAAGAAAGAAAUAGAUUUACAAGGAGAAAUAUCUAGAUUGUUGUGAAAUUCCUCCGCAGCUAUUUUUAUUCAGACUGUAUUUCUGGACAAAAUGGAGAAAGAACCAUAAAAACUACUUUCUCACAUUUGUGAGUAUAUGAACCAAAUGAAAGAGAAAGAUCUUCAACUGAGGAAAGUCAGCUGUAUUAAAUUGUCCUAAUCUUUUUUUCUAGAAAAAAAAGAAAACAAGCAAAAAAAGUAUUGGAAUAUAAUUAUUUGGGUAUUGCAUGGCCAUGUCCUGUGACUGUGGAUUAACUGUCUGUGUACUUUGAGCGAAAAACCGACAAAAACAUGUCCGCUGAUCACUGUAUACAAGACUGUGUAUAUGGUUUUCUUUGCCAGAGAACUGCACUCCCAUGCACACAUUUUUCUCACUCUGCAUUGUAAAGUAACUAUUUAUCAAUGCAUUCUACAUCGAAAAACUGUGUAUAUAUAAAAAUUCUAUAUUUGCAAUGUUUGCUGUAUAAAAAGAAACAAUUACCUGUUUGUAUCAGGUUUUAACCAUGAAUUUUAGAGACAGCUUCAUUAUUUUUUUCAGUCUCAAAUGAAUGUCUCCUGUCCUGAUGGAUAAAAAGCUGCACUGUUUGUUGAAAUGGUACACUCUUCUGAACAUAUCCUUUUUGGUCUCCUCCCCCCUCCUUCCUUUUUUUUCUAUUGCAUAUAUUUUGCAGAAAUCACAAAUCAAACUGCACAAUAUUAACAGCUGAGAUUCAUCGUUCCCCAAAUAAUUAUAUUCAACCAAAGUGCUGUGGUAGCAAGUCAUUACAUGCUCUGCUGAUGUUUCAGCCACUAAACUGAUCUACAGACCCGAGGAUGAAUGUAUUCUUUACGUAAUAAAAGUGUAUGGCAGCCCCAA